GUUAUAUUAAAGAGAAAAAUUUGCAAUAUGCUCUUGCUGCAAAGUUUUCCUGUGGGAGGCCAUCGACAAUAAUCCUAAGGGGUAAGACGAUAACCCUUGAAGUUGAAUCCAGCAAUACCAUCGACAACGACAAGGCCAAGAUUCAGGACAAUGAAGAUUUGGGACCUUCCUUUAGUCUUCGGGUUUCUCAAUUAGAAAGUAUCAAAGAAUCUCAUGAAGUUGUUAACUUAGUUUCCAGAAGUUUUGAUUAUGAAUUUGUUGACUUUGAUGAAAAUAGAUUAAAGCAUAGAAACAAUCCCCAAAUUAUGAAUAAGUUGUGGCAAAAGCAUUCUAAAGACAAGAAAAAAAAAGUGGUUCUAACAAAAAGGGAUCCAACAGUCCUGAAAGUAAAGCUCCUGCCAAAAGAAAAAGAAUUGUCGAAGCAAUUUCCACAAAUGAACUUCCCAAGAGAAAACAACAACGUGGAGGACUCUUUAGCAAACUUCAGUGAUUCUCAGUUUGACUAUAAUUUUUCCUCUACAGCUGAUCUUGCUCAACAAAUCCAG